GCCGGGCGCGCGGCGCCGCUUCUUAACGGGCGUCGCGGGGCAGCGGGAGCGCUGAGCGCCGGCGGGGCCGCUGCCACUGUCACCGACACUGUCGCGACAUGAGCGAGAGACAAGGAACCGGGGCUGCAAAUGGGAAAGACAAGACGUCUGGUGAGAAUGAUGGGCAAAAGAAGGUCCAAGAGGAGUUUGACAUAGACAUGGACGCGCCAGAGACAGAGCGGGCGGCCGUGGCGAUACAGUCCCAGUUCAGAAAAUUCCAGAAGAAAAAAGCGGGGUCCCAGUCCUAGUAGCUACCUCACAGCGCAAAACAAAGUAAUCCUGAGAUGAUUUAUCGAGAAGAUCAGAAAUAACACAAAGAUGCAUGUACAGAAAUUAUCAAUAUUUAAAACCCCAUUGGCAGAUAACAACCCAUGAGCUUGUGUGUGACUUCAUCCCAGAUGUUUCACGCCCAUUAUCCUCUGUAACUCACCAUUUUACUUGAUGUUGUAAUAAAAAGUUAGGGUGAAGUAAUUAAAGUGUCUGCCUUCAUCUGUCUUUCCAUAUUAAUCCAGCAAGUGCAGCCUUACAAAUGAACCCAGCCCAGAUGCCUGUUUCCCUCUCCACCUAAAGCUCGGAGUCAUAACAGCACCGUAUGUUGCAGGGAUUUUUGCUGAGGGAUGAGAUAGAUGCAUCUCAGCCCUGCUUCCCUCAUUUGGAGAAUUCCAGCUGCCAGCAAAAUGUGAAAAUAAAAUGACUUUCUCGUAAUGAGCUGAAAGUAAAAAAGAAAAAAAAAAAAGUUGCAGACAGAAGCUGGCAUGAGGGGUGUAGGAAGCAGGGAGCAGUUUAUUUUUGUCUUGCAAGUGUGUCAAUAAAGUGGUUUGAGUGGGGAAAUUGUGCCUGUCCUUCCUCUUUGCAUGAUAACAUUCAGAGAUCUUGGACUGCGUUGACUGUUACGGAAAGAAAAUAAUAAAUCAGACACAAAAUA